AUGUGCCAGUGGAUCAACCAGCAAUCAACAUCCGAGUAUCCGUGCAAAAGAUAUCGCUUCCUGCCAGCGGCGCCUGGUAGUGCCGGGAGGCGCCGUUUGAAGUUCUCUGUUGUGGCUCUGUCGUGGAGCAUUAAAAAUUCGUCCGAUUCUUCGUCGUUGCGUUCGUUUUCCCUUCCAAGCGUUUUUAGCGUUUCCUUCCCGGCCACCACGCCAACACAAGAGCUGAGGUUGAAAAGUUCGGGGCGAAUAGACGACAACUUUGUACCCCCCGUUUGGGUGGUCAACGGAGCAGAACACGUGGCACAAGCAGCGGGUGGUGUGGUGACGGUGAAAAGUUCCGCUUCCGGACUGGGAGACCCGGUGCUGCAGGGAGAACCAUCACGCAAUGCACCGCACUGGCGCUCCUUAACAACCGGCCGGGAGUUAGCGACAACGACGACGAGAAGAGGUGGACAUAAUCGCGACGGCGAAUCCAAGAAGUGA